AUGGGUAACUUUGAGAACAUCCUUUUUUCGCUCAUUCCACGCCAGCUUGUCAAGAUUUUUCAUCCUCCGAGCCACAGAACCCCUCCGGGAGCACUCCCAUCGAGGCGCGCAACAGUUCCCUUUGCAUGUCCCUUUAAUUUGAUUUCUUAUCAAACGAUUUGCCAUUCUCUAAUCUACAAUAAGUUCGUGAAAACGGCUGGGGGAAAAUAUUUUCUCAAUAUAUGACGCUGUAGCUGAUUCACGGCUGCCUUGAGCCAUCGAAAAAGGGUCCUGACACGAUAAUGCACGAAAUAGCGCUUGGCUUGUGGAGAACGCAGACAGGACACGCUCCCUUAGCGUCCCAAGCUGGCCGUUAAUCAGCUAUAACUAGAGACCGCACGCCCCUUUUUGCGAUGGUGAAAUGCGAUGGUUUUUUAGAUUUCGUGUUUGAUGUUUUCGUAAAAGCGCAAUACUGAAUCAAACACAUAGAAAUUUGGUGGAAACAUAGAGAAAACCUUCCUCUUUAAUCUGAUAUACUUUUCACCCGAUUUUCGUAGCGUUUUAGCGGAGUGUCGUACGAAAAACCAAAACUACUUUUUUUCUUCGGGUUUUUAACCUAGUUCCAUGUCGUUGGCGCCUUUUUUUAUUUUCGAAUUCGAUUCUAAACUGAAAAAAACAAAUUUUUUUAAGAAAAAAAUUAAAAAUUUUUUUACGGUGCCUAAUCUUCGUGAGGCCGCGCAAAGUUGAAAAAUGUUGUACUCGGUUUCGAAAGCGUGUAAGUAAAAAAAUUUUUUUAUUUUAACUUGUGGAUUAAAUUGUAACUAAAAUUUUAUUAAUAUAAAAACUUAUUCCGAAAAAUUUUGUUUUCUGAGAAAAAAGACAGUGAAAAUUUCGAAAUUUAUUUUAACAUGGUUAGAUGUCGUUGGCGCCUUUUUUUAUUUCUUAAAUAUCAGCGUAUCUCAAUUUUCGAUCAAUUAAAAAAAUAAAAAUAAAAAAAUUUUAGCGGUGCCUAAAAAGUUUAAUUAUUGUUAACUUGAAGCCAACGUUUAAAAAUAACAAAAAAACACCGAAAAACGAAAGCAUUUUGAACUGAAUCUCUAUGAAUAAAUUAUUUUUAGGUGCUCCGAACACACGCUAAUAAUUGUUCAACUAUCAUAACUUUUUUUAAAACAAGAUAGUCGGCAAAUGCUGUACUUUGAGGUGAAGUGCUGUAUAGCGCGAACGCCUUCCAUCUCCGAGAGAUGUGCGUGGAGCAGCGCAAGUGCGAUUGCAUACGGUUUUGAUAUCGCGAGUUCAAUCCUCGCAGCGGCCAAUUUUUUUUAUUUUUCAAGAAAAAAUAGCUUUUCUUUUCAAACUUGUGGUUUUAUACUGUUUUAAUGACUUAUUACGACUUUGAAAAACCAAACUAAACUACUAAAAAAAUUUAAAUCCGAUAUGAAAAACAAAAAUGAACGACCAAAAAGUGUAAAAAUCUAAACUUUCAGUACUAAAUUUCGCGACUUUUUUCACUAUUGACCAUAACUUUUUUUUUCUCAACCUUUUUCGAAAAACUAAACUGUUUUUGAAUAGUAAAUUAGAGCAGCUAUCCAACCAUAGUAAUAUUGACGUUCGAAAAAAAUUUUUUUGAAAAAUUCGUCUGCGGUCCCUACCUAUAACCCCCAUAUUUUUUUUAUAAGUUUAUUUUUUCAAUAUGUAACUGUAAUCGUCCAUGUUUAUUAAUUAUUAUUAUAUUUAUUUUUCAGUGAUAAUUAUAAAAUCUAGAUUUAGUAUAGUCUAUUCAGACUUUGAUUGUCAAGCACGAUGACGUCAUUGGGAAAGUUUCUGUGGCUAGCUCGCUCUCUGAUUCGUUAAUCACGCCAUCAGGGGCGGAGCUUGAGCGAUGACUUGGAGUUCGAAAUCGGAAGAGAUUAUAGGAUAUAACGGGAAAUGUAAGGAGCAUGCAUAGAGGAAGGCCGCGCGCAUCGAAGGGAAGCUUUCAGCAAGGGUUCUGUAGCUUGGAGGGGGGAACAAAAGUCGAAAAGCUGGUUCGGGAUGGGCUGUACCACCAAUGACUCCGUGAAUGCUCAGUGUCUGAGGGCUCAAAUAUGGUUAAAUGUAUAGUCGUCCCUUAAGCUCUAAACCACUCAGAUAGCGAGUCUUCCACAGAGCGUUUUCGAUUGACGUAAUUGUACUUAAGAUCCAAUUUCUGAACAGACUUCGUGUUAAAAGUGAUUUUGCUAAAUUCAAAAUAGCCUUCGGAGAGUGGAAAGAUGGGUUUUGGAGAGGUGCGCGGUGAGUUUGGUUCAAGGAAUCUCUCUAGGGCUGCUAAGUAUUUGCGAAUUUUUCAAUGUAUUUAUUCAUCGCGCUUCACUAAAUUCCUCAACGUAAUUUUAAACGUAGAAUUAACUUUGGAAUUUUGUUUUUAGAGACCUUUUUGAAAAAAUUUUGAUCGAUCCGUUCUAUGAACGUAAAUUCGAAAUAUUUAUUGGUCCUCAUUUGAUUUGAACCUUAAUGCGAAGAGUUAAAAAAAAAUGACAUGAACUGUGAGAAUUAAUAUUUUCUCAGUUUCCCGGCCUUGGAUGACAAGCCUUUUCAGUGUGGAACAAAGCUCGUCUGAAAAGACAGCUUGUCGUCAUAUGCGGGAUCCUUUUUUGCACGUUGUCAACCGCUUCCGCCCAAGGUGAGUUUUUUUUUCAAAAAAUUAAAGUAGUUUGAAUGAAAAUUACAAGUUUUUGAUGGCUGGGUGGCCGAUGAAUACCUUAAUUGAUGUUUCUAGAAAAAUGCUGCUCGGGUUCGAUGUGGGCUUAUCCAUCUGGGGAUGCUGUUCCCCCUGGGUGCGAAGGUUCUAAAGUCAGAUGCACGGAAGGCUCUAUUCACAUCGAACAACCUGUUGCGACAUAUGCAAUAGUUUGGGGUUUUUUGUCAAGAGCCACAAAAACCGGCGCUAUCAUUGUAAUCGACAACGCAGGUGUACCACUACAAAUUUCCAAUCUGAUAGAGAUUGUUCACAAAGGAAUAGGUACGACUUUUAUUCAGUAAUUAAUUUUUGUUUCAGAGAUCAGUUCGAAACCUUAGAAAUUCAGCUUGAUCUUAAGACGGAGGAGAGAAAUAAAAAAAAUCAAUUUCGGAAAAAUAUUUCAAAGGGUUUUGAAACCUUCGAAGUUUAUAUGUGAAAAUAAAGAAAAGGGGGUCCUGAAAGUAUCCUGAGAGGGAGCUAAAAAGGUUCCCCGAAAAGCUCCUAGAAUAAUGUCAAAAAGCUUCUGAGCUCCUCCUUCAUAGCCUCAGCGGACCCGUUUUGAAUCCCCUGGAACCGUUUUGCGUCUCUUUGUUUAAGGAUGUGAGAAAAAAUUCAAAAGAGAAAUGAAAAAAAUCUUUUUAAAGUACUUUCUUGUUUUGAGAAAAACAACAGCAGCUUUUCCGUGCUGCCCUGAGUUUACCAAUAGAUUUUUUUCAAUUUCUUUUUAUCUUAAACGUCUCUAUAGUCCGUUCAGAUUUCGAAUGUCAAGUAGAAAGUGUCAUUCGAAAACGCUCUGUGGAUGGCUCGCUUUCUGAUUGGUUUAUCGCGCCAUUAGGGGGCGGAGCUUGAGAGAGGACUUGACAUUCAAAAUCUUAACAGACUCAAAAAAAAACCAAUAUUUCAGACUUUUCAUACAUUAUUUUAUAACAAAGUUAGAAAUAUAACUAAGUCUUCUCGACUUGAAAGGCGAGAUGGGUAAUUGGAAAGAGUGAAGUGUUGCGUGUGCGACGCGGCUUUUUGUGGAGGGGAUUUCGACGUCAAACACAAUCAGGAAAAAAUUACAUUUUACAAUUAGUCUAUGAUUUUUAUUCUUUUAUGCGUUCAACCAAGUUUUUUCGAAAUCAUAAUCAGUUACGAUUGAAUUUCAUUGACAAAAAUGUCGAAAAGGAAGAGAAAAAUGAGGCUCUCUGAACUCUAGUGGCCACUUAAGAGGUUCCUCAAGGACUACUUGAUGAGGACACUAAAUUGGCCACCAAAAGCACCCCUAUGGAAGCCAUAUUCUCCGUCUCACAUGGAAGGUCGUUUUAGCGUAGGGUUUAGAAUUUUUUAUAAAUUUGCUCAAACAAACUUUGAUGGACUAGGAAUCGAUCCCCUACAGUCGCUAUCUGCACAAAAAUUUUUUUUGGAGAUAUGAUUUUUCAAAGUUUUUAUCCUUAAUCAUGUCACGCCGUUUGGAAGGAAUCUGGCCGCCACACCAACUAAUUCGUGGCAGCUAGAAGCGUGGUGCAGUGGCUAGAGUGUUAACCUGCGGAGCCCAUGAUGAAGGUUCAAACCCUUUUGUCGCUAGCUUUUUUCGCCAUAAUUUUUUUCAAGAAUUCUGAUGAGAAUAUUAAAAUUUUAUGAGAAAAAUUUCUUUCCAAAUAAGUUCGAUAGCCUUUUCUUUCUAAAGUCGCUUUUUUUUUUCAUGUACCAAAAUUAUGUUAAGUUUCUGAAAUUGUGGCAGAUUACUGUAGGAGCCACUAAAACGUCAAUAAAGUCAUAUUAAUUUUCCCAGAUUCUUUGACCCCGAGUUUCACUCCAAAUGGGGAAUUUCCGGGGAAGGGCGCGUCGCAACGCUUCACACUUGCCUUUCAAGUCGGGGAUGAUUGACUAUAUAGCCUAUUCCGCGCCAGCUUGUCACGUUUUUCUUCCUGCCGAAAGCUUUAAAAACGUGACUAUCUCUCGCGGAACGAACUAUAGCAAUUCCACGUUUUAUUGGUAGUUUUGCAGGCCCGGCUGUUCACCUAAAAAAUGCCAGAUUGUCUGAUGGUGUUUGUUUCAACAAUUUGGAAAGAAUAGAAGUGAAUGAUCCUUAUGUAUAUUGCGAAAAUCGGGACCUUCUGCGUUUCGAAGGAAAUGUCUCAAAAGAAGUGAGAGACCUGCUGGAAAAAGUGGCAAAUAAGGUGGUUUUUUUUUUCCGCAAUUUCUAACUUGAAAUUAAAAUAACUUUUUGAACGAGUUUUGAACGAACUGAAAAAAGCUUUUGCCGCAAGAAUAAUGUUUUGAAGUGUCGUGGUUGCUUUGCGGAUAAUUUUUUUCCCGAAAUGACUUGAAAGUUCUCCAUCCCGAACGCCUUUUUUGGUUGGACACUAGUUGAACUUCCAUGAAUCUUUCCAUUGAACUUACGAUCAUAUACUUCAAAUAACGUAAAAUAAAACCAAAUUUUGAUGUCUUUUCUAUUCAGACUCUCGAUAUUUGUACCACGACAGCAGCACCAACAACAGUGCCAACAACAGUGCCAACAACAGAACUAACAUCAGAACCAGUCAUCACGACUACGACGACUUUCAACACCACGACCGGCAUUGUGGCAGACUCUCGAUGCGGGCAGAAUUCGUCAGCCGCCGCCUCAGAGCUAGCUCAAGCCAACGCCGAUCGGAAAGACUGCCCUAGCUAUUGCAGCAGUAUUUAUAAUAGUUUUUCGGGCUUCUAACAUAGUUAUUUGCAGCCGGGAUGCUCAUCACAGCGAUAACAGUUUCCGUUGUUCUUUUAAUUCUACUGGCCAUCUCGACGUUUGCCGCCCUCAGAUUGUUUUUCUUAAGAAAAAACGAGGACGCCGAAAUCGCCAAUCACAGUAAGAUCAUUAAAAAAAUUUUUAAUCAUCAAAUUCAUAUUUAGUUUUUCCCUUUACAGUCAAUCCAUCCCGAAGAAUGGUGAAAUGAAUAGAUACCUUUUCUGAAGAUCAUAACCUGCAUAGUCUAAAGUUCCGAAAGCAAAAAUAACAAAACCUAAAAAAUUGAGUUUUUCUUGUUGCGAAAUCUAAAUUUUUAACUUACUGAGGAACUUUUUUUUAUCCCCCGGUUAUAGUCAAUGUUUCCCGACUCCAAAGGCGAGGGAGGCGGAGCAGAGGGCGGGACGCGGUUCUUGGCACGAGUUCAUUUCAAUUGCCAGCCUCGCAUGCUGAGCGGGGUAACCCAGCCGUGCUUACACGGGGUCUCAGCGGGUGCCCCCGUAUUAAACCCUUAUAAGCCCAGCUGGUAGAACUUUUGGCAAUUUUCAGUCCAACUGAGACCCGCUAUAGCACAGCUGGGCUACAUAUUUUUCUUACACCCGUUGUUCCGCCGUUUUAGCCCAACUGAGACUAAAUAACCUCAGAAACACGGGUUUAAUACGGGUACACCCGUUGAGACACCUGCUCAGCAUGCGAGGGUAGCAAGACGUCAAAAAAAUUUUGGCGCGAAAUUUGAAAUCUACAGUACUUCAGCCAAAGGCGAUCGAACAAAAAAGUUAUUAACGUUGAAUAUUCAGUGUAAUUGUGACGUCACGUGACGUAAUUUUAUCCGUAGCGCGCACUAAAAUUUUUCUGUAAAUUCAGAAACUUUGACGCCUCGCUCACCUUCCCUCACCCCCAUUAGGAACGCCGUGCAGAAGGGCAAACAGCCAUAAGCUAUGUGAUCGUUUCGUAGUGUUGGAAAAUUAAUUUGGACGAGGUGCAAAAAUAAAGAAGAACAGCCAAAUUGAUGCCUAAAUAUUUUCUUUUUUUUUUUGGUUUUCAUACUUUGAUGUGUUUCGAGACGCAAACUAAAUGAGUUGUUUUUCAGGAAAAGAGCAGCGCCAUAACGCUGAAAUAAGUGAAGCGUGCCCCAGGCAGCACCCUGACCAAAGGCCGAAAGAAACGGAAGCUAAAAAAACCCGCCCGUUCCGAACAAAGACAAGAACUCGAAGGAGAAGAAAUCGACGGAAAAUAACCCGGAGAAGGCGUAGGAGAUCAGUAUGGCUUCGAAUCGACUCAAUUCAUUUUAUAAAAAAUGAGAGAAAGCAUCUUUUUGAUGUUUUUCAAAGUUUGAUUUCUCAAAUCAAUAAAUUUUUAUUGCACUUCGAAGCUUUGGUAUUUUUUUUCUAAGGUGGUUUUCGCGGUCUGAAAUAUACUUAUUUGAAAUUUAGAUAAUUUUAUCAAAAUUGGAAGACUUCAUACGAAACCGUGUUUGAUGCGUUUGAGAAGUACUAGAGUUACUUUUUGAUCGAGAUGGUCACGAAAUUUCGACUAAAAGAAAAUUUUGAAGAGUAACUUGAAAAAGUGAGCAGUAAAGGCUUGAAAGAAGAAGCAUGAAAAUCAGAGACCAGAGACGGUUCUUAUUGCCUAACCCACAGUGUUCCAAAAGAGACGGCGGCAAGCAAAAAAAAAGGUCGUCGCAAUGGGGCGAAAACGCGAGUUUUUUCUAACGCAACGCGGUGCGGCGCGUGUCACCCCCACAAAAUUUCAUUCACUUUUAAUACGGUUUUUUCUCUUUUUCUUGCAUAUUUUACUAUUCUUUCGUAUUUUUUCACGCUGUAUGUGUUCUUAAAAACGUGUUUAUCGCGUUUCCCAGAGAUUUGAAGUGAUUUUUCGAUUGUUCUCGUCACAGAAACUUGCAUUAAAAGGACAUUUUUGAUGACAACUUAUUUCGCAUAAGAUAUUUCGUUUGUUUUUUUGUUUUAGAAUUUUCAAAUGGACUUUCUUAAGAGAAACGCUGUGAGAUUUUUCUCAAAAUUUUUUUUUCGAGGCAGUAUCUUUGAAAACUUGCGAGAACCUAGGAAAAACAUUAUUUAAUGGUCUUUUUCCAACCACUAAAUCCACAACACUUGACUCUCAUUCCCGCGCCCCUAUUGCAAUAAACCAUGCCGCUGUUGCAGUCAGCCACGCCUACUGACCACAGCUGCCGCUCGUUUGGGAACACUGUGUAACCCCUAAAGGGACCUUUCUGGCUUUCCUCAAAUUGGUCAUUUUAAGAUUCACGACUCUAAAACUUUGCCAUGACCCUGAAAAAAAAAAACGUGGAAUUAAUGAAAUUAAAGUGAAGUUCUCAGUCGCGGAACUGGCAUUUAGUGUCGUGGAUCUUCGCCAACUGGUAGCAAUGGGUAACUUUGCGAACAUCCAUUUUUUUUUUUUCGCUUAUUCCUCGCCAUCUUGUCAAGAUUUUCAUUCUUUGAGCCACAGAACCCCUCCGGGAACAUUCCCUUCGACGCGCGCGACCUACUUCUGUGCGUGCGCCUUUAAUUGGAUUCAUUUUCAAACGAUUUGCCAUUCUCCAAUCUAGAAUAAGUUCGUGAAAACGGCUGGGGAAAAAUAUUUUCUGAAUAGAUGACGCUGUAGCUGAUUCACGGCUGCCUUGAGCCAUCGAAAAAGGGUCCUGACACGACAAUGCACGAUAUAGCGCCUGGCUCGUGGAGAGCGCAGAUAGGACACGCCCCUUAGCGUCCCAAGCUGGCCGUUAAUCAGCUAUAACCCCCAUAUUUUUUAUAAGUUUAUUUUUUUUUCAAUAUGUAACUGUAAUCGUCCAUGUUUAUUAAUUAUUAUUUUAUUUAUUUUUUUAGUGAUAAGUAUAGACUCUAGAUAUAGUAUAGUCUAUUCAGACUUUGAUUGUCAAGCACGAUGACGUCAUUGGGAAAGUUUCUGUGGCUAGCUCGCUCUCUGAUUCGUUAAUCACGCCAUCAGGGGCGGAGCUUGAGCGAUGACUUGGAGUUCGAAAUCGGAACAGAAUAUAGGAUAUAACGGGAAAUGUAAGGAGCAUGCAUAGAGGAAGGCUGCGCGCCCCGAAGGGAAGCUUCCCGGAAGGGUUCUGUAGGUUGGGCAAAGCUGCUUGGCGGUGAACAAAAGUCGAAAAGCUGGUUCGGGAUGGGCUGUACCAUCAAUGACUCCGUGAAUGCUCAGUGUCUGAGGGCUCAAAUAUGGUUAAAUGUUAAAUAUUCGCGAAUUUUUUAACGUAUAAUCUGUUCAGAUUUUGAACGUCAAACAGCUAGCUCCACGUCAAAGGCUGCAAUAUCUUUCGCGUCAAUGUUUUAUGUACAGAUGACCAUGGCCCUUCAAUGAGGCUGCAUUUUUGACUUCUUUUUUUAUCUUCUAAAUCAAAAAAGGUCAACGAUAAAACAUUUACGCGAAAAUGUACCGUAUCAGCAGGGGCAGAGUUAGCUGUUUGACAUUCAAAAUCUGAACAGACUGUAUUCAUUUUCCGCGCUUCCCUAAAUUCCUCAACGUAAUUUUGAACGCAGAAUUAAUUUUAAAAUUUGGUUUUUUAGAGCUCUUUUUGAAAAAUUUUGGUCGAUCCGUUCUAUGAACGUAAAUUCGAAAUAUUUAUUGGUCCUCACUUGAUUUGAACCCUGAAUCGAAGAGUUUGAAAAACAAAUAAUGACAUGAAUUGUGAGAAUUAAUAUUUUUCUCAGUUUUCCGGCCUUGGAUGACAUGGUGUUUUUUUCCUGUGUUGAUGUCUCGAAAUCCAACUUUUCAGUGUGGAACAAAGCUCGUCUGAAAAGACAGCUUUUCGUCAUAUGCGGGAUCCUUCUUUGCGCGUUGUCAACCGCUUCCGCUCAAGGUGAGUUUUUUUCAAUAAAUUAAAGUAAUUUGAAUGAAAAUUACAAGUUUUUUUGAUGGCACGGUUCGCCGAUGAAUACCUUAAUUGAUGUUUUUAGAUGUAUGCUGCCCCGGCUCGAUGUGGUCUUAUCCAUCUGGGGAUGCUGUUCCCCCUGGAUGCGAUGGUUCUACAGUCAAAUGCACGGAAGGCUCUGUUCACGUCGAACAACCGUCUACGACAUCUACAAUAGUUUCGAAUUUUUUGUCAAGAGCCACAAAAACCGGCGCUAUCAUUAUAAUCGACAACGCAGGUGUACCACUACAAACUUCCUUUCUGAAAGCGAUUGUUCACAAAGGAAUAGGUACGACUUUAAUUCAAUAAUAAAUUUUCGUUUCAAAGAUCAGUUCGAAACCUUAGAAGUUCAGUUUGAUCUUUAGACGGAGGAGAGAAAUAAAAAAAAAAUCAAUUUCGGAAAAAUAUUUCAAAGGGUUUCAAAACCUUCGAAGUUUAUAUUUGGACAAAAAGAAAAGAAGGUCCUGAAAGUAUCCUGAGAGGGAGCUAAAAAGGUUCCCCGAAAAGCUCCUAGAAUAAUGUCAAAAAGCUUCUGAGCUCCUCCUUCAUAGCCUCAGCCGUUUUGAAUCCCCUGGAACCGUUUUGCGUCUGUUUGUUUAAGGAUGUGAGAAAAAAUUCAAAAGAGAAACGAAAAAAAUCUUUUGAAAGCACUUUCUUGUUUUGAAAAAACUGAACAGAAUCUUUUCCGUGCUGACCGAGUUUACCAAUAGAUUUUUUACUUUCUGUUUUCUUAAAAUUCUCUAUAGUCUGUUCAGAUUUCGAAUGUCAAGUAGAAUUUGUCAUUCGAAAACGCUCUGAGGAUGGCUCGCUUUCUGAUUGGUUUAUGGCCCCAUCAGGGGGCGGAGCUUGAGAGAGGACUUGACAUUCAAAAAUCUGAACAGACUCAAAACCAAUAUUUCAGACUUUUUUUAUACAUUAUUUUAUAACAAAGUUCGAAAUAUAAUUAAGUCUUCUCGUCUUGAAAGGCGAGAUGGGUAAUUGGAAAAAGUGAAGUGUUGCGUGUGCGACGCGGCUUUUUGUGGAGGGGAUUUCGACGUCAAACACAAUCAGGAAAAAAUUACAUUUUACAAUUAGUCUAUGAUUUUUAUUCUUUUAUGCGUUCAACCAAAUUUUUUCGGAAUCAUAAUCAGUUACAAUUGACAUUCAUUGACAAAAAUGUCGGAAAGGAAGAAAAAAAGGUUCUUUGAGAAAAAAACUCUAGUGACCAGGUUCCUUAAGGACUACUUGAUGAGGACACUAAAGUGGCUACCAAAAGCACCCCUGUGGAAGCCAUAUUCUCCGUCUUACAUGGGAGGUCAUUUUAGCAAAGGAUUCAGAAUUUUUUUUAUAAAUUUGCUCAAACAAACUUUGAUGGACUAGUAAUCAAUCCCCCAUAGUCGCUAUAGACGAUUCACGGCUAGCUUGGGACGCAAAAAGGCGUGGCCUGUCUGCACUCUUCCCUAACCAGGGCACUGUCUCGUCUCUUUUCGUGGCAGGACCCUUUUCUCGAUGGCUCAAGCCAGCCGUGAAUCAGCUAUAUCUGCACAAAAAUUUGUUUUUGGAGAUAUGAUUUUUCAAAGUUUUUAUCAUUAAUCAUGUCACGCCGUUUGGAAGAAAUCUGGCCGCCACAUAAACUAAUUCAUGGCAGCUAGAAGCGUGGUGCAGUGGCUAGAGUGUUAACCUGCGGAGCCCAUGAUGAAGGUUCGAACCCUUUUGUCGCUAGUUUUUAUUGCCAUAAUUUUUUUUGAGAAUUCUGAUGAGAGUAUAGUCUGUUCAGAUUUCGAAUGUCAAGUGGUCGCUGAAGCUCCGCCCGUAAAGCGCAAUAAACCAAUCAGACCCCGAGUUUCCCUCCAAAUGCCGCUUCGCAACGCGUCACACUUGCCUUUCAAGUCGGGGAUGAUUGACUAUAUAGCCUAUUCCGCGCCAGCUUGUCCCGUAUUUCUUCCUGCCGAACGAACUAUAGCAAUUCCACGUUUUAUUGGUAGCUUUGCAGGCCCGGCUGUUCACCUAAAAAAUGCCAGAUUGUUUGAUGGUUUUUGUUUCAACAAUUUGGAAAGAAUAGAAGUGGAUAAUCCCUAUGUAUAUUGCGAAAAUCGGGAUCUUCUCCGUUUCGAAGGAAAUGUCUCAAAAGAAGUGAGAAACCUGCUGGAAAAAGUGGCAAAUAAGGUGAUUAUUUUUUCCGCAAUUUCCAACUUGAAAUCAAAAUAACUUUUUGAACGAGUUUUGAACGAACUGAAAAAAGCUUUUGCCGCAAGGAUAAUGUUUUGAAGUGUCGUGGUUGCUUUGCGGUUGACUUUUUUUCCCGAAAUGACUUGCUUUGAAAGUUCUCCAUCCCGAACGCCUUUUUUAGUUGGACACUAGUUGAACUUCCAUGAAUCUUUCCAUUGAACUUACAAUCAUAUACUUCAAAUAACGUAAAAUAAAACCAAAUUUUAUGUCUUAUCUAUUCAGACUCUCGAUAUUUGUACCACAACAGCAGCACCAACAACAGUGCCAACAACAGAACCAACAACAGAACUAACAUCAGAACCGGUCAUCACGACUACGACGACUUUCAACACCACGAUCGGCAUUGUGGCAGACUCUCGAUGCGGGCAGAAUUCGUCAGCCGCCGCCUCAGCGCGAGCUCAAGCCAACGCCGAUCGGAAAGACUGCCCUAGCUAUUGCAGCAGUAUUUAUAAUAGUUUUUUGGGCUUCUAACAUAGUUAUUUGCAGAAGGGAUGCUCAUCACAGCGAUAAUAAUUAUCGUUGUGCUUUUGAUCCUACUGGCCAUCUCGACGUUUGCCGCUCUCAAAUUGUUUUUCUUCAGGAAAAACGAGGACGCCGAAAUCGCCAAUCACUGUAGGAUCAUUUUAAAAAAAAUUGUAACCAUCAUAUUUCGACUUAGUUUUCUCUUUACACUCAAUCCUUCGGGAGAAAGGUGAAAUGGAUAGAUGUUUUUUUAAAGAUCAUGACCUGUAAAGUCUUAGUUUUCCAAAGAAAAAAAAAAUGACAAUAAACCUGAAAAAUUUUGUUUUCUUGUUGCAAAAUCUAACUAUCGAAUUAAGAUUUUCAAGCAACUUUUCUUCCGAAAUUUAUAAAAGAAUAACAUUAACUAUUCUCAAAUUACACUAACGAUAACUGCCGAGUCUGGCGCGAGAGAAAUGCUAAGUUGGUGGCGGUAAAUUGACGAUCUCGCAAACAUCUCGCUCUGUCUUCGCACGAGUUGCGCAUUUUUCUCGCUUUACUCACGCAGCUGGAAAAAUUCUGAAAUGCGCUCAAACACCAGUGGGGAAUUUCCGGGUAACUCUGAGGGCAAUUGCCGCGCUGCGUUCCGGUAGCUCCUCACAGUCCUUCCCGGUAGCUACCCAGAGGCGAAAAAACGGGUUGCGGGGAAUCGCCUCUGCUCGCAUUGAAGUUUUUCCUUUGAAUGUUUUUUUCUUCUUUUUUUCUAUGCUCAUUGUUUUGAAAAACUAUUUAUUGAUUUUACAAUAGCAAGAAAUGAUUUUAUGAAAUGAGAUUAUGAUGGAAAAAUCUGAAUUUUAACUGUAGGAGGAAAACAUCAGAAAAAGAAAAAGAAGAAUCAGAUUAAGAACAACUUAGCAACAACAAUGAAUGAAUUACAUAUCAAAAAAAUAAAUAAAAAUCACAUAGAUAAAUUGAAUAAGGAAAAAAAUGAGUAAAUAUUUUACUAUUCUGAUUUCACAAGUGGACUAUAAAAAAACUUUAGAAGUAAAUUUUAUUUUAUUGUUCGGUCGAGCAUCUUUUUGUUCUCCUCGAGCUGCAUGAGGUUUUAGAAGGUCUGCCUGAUUUCUCUGAAACAAUUUAUUGAUUUUGUACAGUUUCACUAUUGAACUUUACCGAGUCUUCCGAGGAGCACAGCGUUAUCUGAAGUGACGUUGGACUUUGUGACUCGCGAACUUUUUUCAAAUCUGAAAACUUUAGAAAUGUUUCGAAUAACGAAAAAUGAAGUGACUUUUUCCAGUCCGCUUUAUAGUCUGUUCAGAUUUUUAAUGUCAAGUGCAAUGACGUCAUUCAAAAACACUCUGUGGAUGGCUCGCUCUCUGAUUGGUUUAUCGCACCAUUAUGGGCGGAGCUUGAGCGACGACUUGACAUUUAAAAUCUGAACAGACUAUAACUGACCGAAAAACUCUAACACAGACCGCUUUCCGAGUUUGAGCUCGUUCAUUAGAUCUGAAAUAGAAUCAAAAAGAUAUUAUGAAACGUUUUAGUUGACCAACCUUCCUUCAAAUCACCCUUUUAAAAUAGUUUUUCAAAGUUGCGUGGUAUCCAGACAUUGGCCGAGUGCUGAACGAUACCUUCAACAAGUAAUUUUUUUAAAGGUUUUUGCGGUGUUCAGUGAUUCUGCGAAACUCAAAAUACCCGUCAGGAGAGCGGAAUAGAUAACUGAAUUUUUUAGAAUCAAGGAUAAUUUUGGUUUUCGCGGAAACUACUUCGUACACGGCAUUAAUGAACAUAAUUAAUUCACAUUAUUUUACAAUUUUGAAAUUUUUUUGAAACAUAUUUUCAUCAGGCGAAAAAAAGAUGAAAUAACAUUAAAACGAUAAAAAAAUACAUAAUAAACAAUAUAAUGAAUAAAACUGGAACUUCAAAUCCCAAAAAAUUUGAAAACAGCGACGACGAGCUAAAUUUGCCGGUAAUUCCCCACAGCGUGCAGCGAUUGUUUGUGGGUAGUUGCCUGGAAGACUCCCGGGAAAUUGCCCUUCCCCGGAAAUUCCCCACUGGUGUUUGAGGCGAGGUCGCGCCGAGGAAAGAGCGAGAUGUUUGGGAGUUCGUCAAUGUCCGCCACCAGUGAUGCGUGAUGCUUAAAUGUUCCUCUGAUACUCUCAUGUGUAAUUUUUUCAGUGUCCUAUGCCACACAAAUUUUCAAUUUGAUGAUUUACAUCCAAUCUGGCAGAGAUAAGGCUAUGCGUUAGUUCAUAAAUUCGCAUCGUUUUUUUUUUCAUUCAGAGCUUUUUCAGUCAACUCGAUAAUGAUGGAUAGACUGUCUGCGAAGCGUUCAAAACUGUGUAAGUAUAAUUUAUCGAACAGCUAUGUAUUAGAGCUCUCAAAAGGACCAAUUGAAAAGAAUGACAUUUUUCAAAAACGAAAAAUUUUCUUUUUGACAUCUCAAACGAAUGUCGUUUUUAAAAUAUAAAUCAAAAUUGAACACUUUCAUUCUUUUCAUUUUGUGACGUUUCAAAUAGAGACUGAAAAAUGAAUGGCCUUUUUUUUCAUCAUAUUCAGACUAGUAAAUAACUUUUUCGCCUUAAUGGCCAAAAAUUUUCAAAGUGAAAAAGUAAAUUUUUUUACCUUUUUUUGAACAAUUUUUUUGUUCAAAUGUGAAAUUUAAGAGUUCAGUUUUUUUGGCCGAUACUUUUCCGAAUCGUACUUUUUCGAAUCAGGUGUAUACUUUUCCGAACCCAAACUUAUUAUUUCCGACUCGUAAUUCAAUUGAUUCUCCGGAUAGCACCUUUCUUUCGAACUGCUCAUUUUUGACCGUUUCCAUAUAAUUUUUCUCGCCCUUAACCGGCUUUCAGCUUCUCGUUAAUGUACCGAAACGUUGUUUAUAAAAGAAAAUACCGUAUCCAAGAGACAAAACCGAAAAUCGAAAUUCCAACUCCAAGAAUCGAUCAAAAUAUCAGUUUCCAACUAAUAACAAAGAGAAAAAAAGCUGUCAGUGUCCGCGCAAAAGAGAAAAAUUUCGACUUGACGAAAAAUUCAAAAAAAGGUGUAAUUGGUCUGUACCUAAGAGGCAAAAACCGAAAAUCGAAAUUUCAGCUCCAGGAAUCGAUCACAUUAUCAGUUUUCAAUUACUUAAACAGGAAAAAAAGAAUACAAAAAUCAAACCUGAGUUAAAAAAAUUUCGACUUUCGUGAACAGAACAAUUAUGUAGUCCUUUGAACCAAUCAAACCACAAGAAAAAUAAACUGCGAAAUUUUAAGAGAGUUAUAGGAAAUGACUAGCAACACUUGGAAACUAUAAAUGUCAGGAAAAAAAAAAUGCUAGCCUUCAAAUAAUCAAAAAAUCCGGACUCUUAAUUACGACGCGAAAAAGACUAUUGUUAGCCACGCAUACUCAUGCAACGUCCGCAUGCUUUUCAGAAAAGGGGCGGGAACCCCGCUUUAGAACGCUGUGGAUAUAGCUAGUUCACGGCUGGCUUGAGCCAUCAUCGAAAAAAAUGGGUCCUGAGGCCGUAUGCGAUAAACUUUCGCCGAGGAAAAACGCAUUCGCCGGCGAAUGUCAUUUUCGUAUGCAAUAAGCGGUAAAUGGUAAAGCGAAAAUUCGCCUUAGAAAAGGCUCUCAUUUACCAAGAAAAUGAUCGCGUCUUUUUGGUGCAGUGUGUAGUUUUUUUUCGUUUUUUUCGGUGUUCAUUGAUUUUAUUAUCAUACUCCGUUUUGAUUAUUGCACAGUGCUUCAAAACGGGCGAGCGCUGGCGAAAAAAUGGGCGUCACAAUGGGGCGAAAACGCGAGUUCCUUCUAAUGCAACGCGGUGCGGCGCGUGUCAACCUCUCAGAAUUUCAUUCAAUUUAAUAAUAGUUUUUUUUCUCUUUUUCUCGCGUAUUUUUUCAAAUUUUCGUAUCGUUCCACUUUCUUUUGUGUAAUAUUACCGUGUUUGAUGCGUUUGAGAGGUACUUACAUGGAAGGUCAUUUUUGCGUAGGGUUUGGAAUUCUCUAUAAAUUUGCUCAAACAAUCUUUGAUGGACUGGGAAUCGAUCCUGCAUAGUCGCUAUCUGCGCAAACUUUUCGUUUUGAAGAUAUGAAUUUUUAAAGUUUUCCUCCUUAACCACGUGACAUUGUUCGGAAAGACUAUGUCCGCAGCACAAGUCAUUGCAUGGCAGCCAGGAGCGUGGUGUAGUGGCUAGCGCAGUAGCCUAUGAUGAAGGUUCGAAUCUUUUUGCGGCUAUCGAUUUUUGCCAUUAAUUUUUUUGACGGAUCAUGAUGAACGUGUCGAAAUUUCACGAAUAAAACCGUUCCAAAACCGUUCGAUGGCCAUUCUCUUCCAAAAAUAACUUUUUCAACAAAAUUUUUUUUUGAAUAAUUUCUUGAUGUUCUGGUCGACCAUCACAUCAUCAGAGACUUUUUUUGAAGAACAGCUGAUACCCUUUGAAAGAAGCGCUAAACUAUCAUCAAAGAUCUUCGCACGCCCUGUUUGAAAUAAAUAAGAGUUUGGUAGCAUUUCACUAUGUCCAAAGGCAACUAUCGUCAUUUUUCUAUGGAAAAGUCCAAACAAGAUAUGAAUACCUGGUAAACGAGCUUUAUUGAAAAACAUUUUUCUUCAAGUCUUCCUUUUUUUAUUUCACUGAAAAUGGUUUUCUCCAAAAAAUUCGUAGUCUAAAAACGUUUUUUUGCAAAUAAAUUUGAAGAAAAAAAUUUUUUUGUUGAAAAAAAGUUAUUUUUGGAAGAAAAUGGCCAUCGUUCAUCAUGAUCCGUCAAAAUUAAUGGCAAAAACCGAUAGCCGCAAAAAGAUUCGAACCUUCAUCAUAGGCUUCGCAGGCAACAGCGCUAGCCACUGCACCACGUUCCUAGCUGCCAUGCAAUGACUUGUGCUGCGGACACAUUCCUUCCGAACAUUGUCACGUGAAGGACAAAAACUUUAAAAAAUCAUAUCUCCAAAUCUUUGUUUUUUUAAAAUUUAGACCAUGGGCUUACUUAAAUUUUUCUUCACAGCAUAUGUGCUUGAAAAAGUUGUUUAAUACGCAAAAAUUAUCUUGAAAAUAGAGAAUAAAAUUAGCGGCGUCUAUCGCACAAAAAGCGGUCGAACGCAGGUUUUUUAAACGAUUAUAUGCAUUUAUGAGUAAAAAAAUCUUUCAAUUAAAAGAAUAAAAUAAAAAAUUCGUCUUUGCCAAAAAUUUACGGGGGCCGUUUUGAUGCAGCGAUCGUUAAACGAGGCAAAAAGCACUAAAAAACAGUUUUUUCGAAGUGAAUUUCCACGGAAAGUUUGAGUAAAGAUUUGCGAACAUAUUCUGAUGAAAAAAAGCUAAAUUACUUCAAACUUUUCUUUUUGAAAUAGGCAAUCUGUGCUAUCCAAACGGCUCAAGGGUAUGGCGGAUGGAAGCUCCCCGCGUUGGACCUAACAGCUUGGCGCAGCGCGUGCGCUGCGAUUUUUCAUUUUGAGGUCGCGAGUUCGAUGCCCGCAAAAAAACCAAACCCUACGCAAAAAUGACCUUCCAUGUAAGUACCUCUCAAACGCAUCAAACACGGUAAUAUUACACAAAAGAAAGUGGAACGAUACGAAAAUUUGAAAAAAUACGCGAGAAAAAGAGAAAAAAAACUAUUAUUAAAUUGAAUGAAAUUCUGAGAGGUUGACACGCGCCGCACCGCGUUGCAUUAGAAGGAACUCGCGUUUUCGCCCCAUUGUGACGCCCAUUUUUUUCGCCAGCGCUCGCCCGUUUUGAGGCACUGUGCAAUAAUCAAAACGGAGUAUGAUAAUAAAAUCAAUGAACACCGAAAAAAACGAAAAAAAACUACACACUGCACCAAAAAGACGCGAUCAUUUUCUUGGUAAAUGAGAGCAUUUUCUAAGGCGAAUUUUCGCUUUACCAUUUACCGCUUAUUGCAUACGAAAAUGACAUUCGCCGGCGAAUGCGUUUUCCUCGGCGAAAGUUUAUCGCAUACGGCCUCAGGACCCAUUUUUCGAUGAUGGCUCAAGCCAGCCGUGAACUAGCUAUAUCCACAGCGUUCUAAAGCGGGGUUCCCGCCCCUUUUCUGAAAAGCAUGCGGACGUUGCAUGAGUGGGCGUGGCUAACAAUAGUCUUUUUCGCGUCGUAAUUAAGAGUCCGGAUUUUUUGAUUAUUUGAAGGCUAGCAUUUUUUUUUUCCUGACAUUUAUAGUUUCCAAGUGUUGCUAGUCAUUUCCUAUAACUCUCUUAAAAUUUCGCAGUUUAUUUUCUUGUGGUUUGAUUGGUUCAAAGGACUACAUAAUUGUUCUGUUCACGAAAGUCGAAAUUUUUAACUCAGGUUUGAUUUUGUAUUCUUUUUUUUCCUGUUUAAGUAAUUGAAAACUGAUAAUGUGAUCGAUUCCUGGAGCUGAAAUUUCGAUUUUCGGUUUUGCCUCUUAGGUACAGACCAAUUACACCUUUUUUUGAAUUUUUCGUCAAGUCGAAAUUUUUCUCUUUUGCGCGGACACUGACAGCUUUUUUUCUCUUUGUUAUUAGUUGGAAACUGAUAUUUUGAUCGAUUCUUGGAGUUGGAAUUUCGAUUUUCGGUUUUGUCUCUUGGAUACGGUAUUUUCUUUUAUAAACAACGUUUCGGUACAUUAACGAGCUAGGACACUUUAAAAACUUUCUAAUACGUUUAAAAACAUUAAUUAAAAAUUUACGUGCAUAGAAACAAAAAAAAUACUUCAAAAAACAAUCGAAAAAAGUUAAUAGCAUGUAAAUUAAAGAAAAAAAAGCACCUUGAUUUUGAUUGACAACGCUCCAAGUUACGCGCUCCAUUGAGAAUAGUGUGCGCCUCUUUUUGCGUGAACCCCGUUUUAGAACGCUGUGUAUCUUUAACGAGGGUGAUAAGGAAAAUAACUAUGCUGAAAAUAACAGGUUUUUUGUAGUAUAAGGUUUAACCUGUACAACUUGCAAAACUACAAAAAGAAAAAAAAACUAUAAGAAAACAUGUUAACGCACGUUCUCAGAAUGAGUGGAUGAAGCUCGAUAACCUUUGGUACAGAAAAAUUUUUUUAUUCGCCUGACUGCUUCGAACUCUCACAUAGACGCUUUGUGAAAUUAUAAAAUUUUAGAUGCAGCUUUGGUUAGGCUCCGCCCUUUUUUCGAUCUACUGUUUAAAACUUACCGUGAGAGGCUAAUUUUAUCCUAAUGCUUUUUUUUUUGGAUGAUCGAAAGAGGUUAUGACCGUUCUUUUCACAGAAAAAGGAAACGAAGUUCUUAUAGUUUCAGAAAUUACAACCUAUCAGAGUCUCCUCACAUUUCUUCUCUUUACACCUCUUGCAAAUCUGUGCACAAAAGUUCUGCUUAUCUCCUCAUCGCAGGCAUACGAUCAAAUCUUGCGCGGUUAUUUUCAGAUAAAAACAUAUUCUCCUCCAAAAUUUUCAAUUCAAGUGCUGUUCCGCGAAAUUCUGCAAAUCCGUGCAACCCUGAAACUUUUAUGUAGGCGCGAUCCCGCAUUUAUCUCGGCGCGACCUCGCAUUUUUCUCGGCGCCAUCUCGCAUUCAUCUUGCAUUUCAGAAAUUUUCAAAUUGCGAGAGAAAUGCGAGCUCGCGCCUAGAAAAGUGCGAGCUGGCGCCCAGAAAAAUGCGAGACCGGCGCGAGAAAAAAAGCGAGAUGUUUGUGAGCUCGUCAAUGUACCGCCAGUGUCUCGCGUUUAUCUCGGCAGUUAUUCUUAGUGCAAUAAUAAAUCAACGCGAAAAGUUUCUGGGCCUGCGGGGGCGAAGUUAACUGCUUGAUAUUCUGAAAAGACUUUACAUAAUCGGUGGCUUCCAAUUUUUUUUCUUUAGUGCAAGAGGUGGCGGAUGUCCACUACCUGGCGCUAAAACGGAAGAUCAAAUUUGAAGAAAAUAAGCCUCUGGACCCGAAAUCAGAUUUCGAUGACCCCAUUGAUAAUUUCUGGCCCUCGCCAGACGCUUUUGAGCUCGACACUAGACAAGAAAUGACGGCAGAUUUUAUUGAAGCGGCGCAAAAGUUUGAAACCAUCAAAAAGAUGCAUGGAGUUGGCAAGGAGUUCGAGCCGCCGGCGGGAACUAAGAUUUGGUCGGACUUGCGCAUGAAAGACGCAGAUAAGAUGGAACUGACCAAACUGGCCGAACAGCCGAUAGUCGAGAGAAAACCAAAACCCGAGAAGCCAAAAGGUCCCCCAAAAAUUCCUAAGAGGCGGCUAAAAGGAGGUGCCGAUCCGCCUUCCAAAGGAACCACCAGCGUCAAAACUGAACAGCCAAAAAAGAAGGAAAACACGAAAACGGAAGGGGCGAUAAAGGAAGGCACGAAAAAAGAAGACCCGAAAAAGGAAGACCCGAAAAAGGAAGACCCGAAAAAGGAAGACCCAAAAAAGAAGGAGGACACGAAAAUGGAAGAGGCGAAAAAAAAAGACCCAAAAAAGGAAGCUCCGAAAAAGGAAGGAGCGAAAAAAGAAGACACGAAAAUAGAAGGGGCGACAAAUGAAGGCGCAAAAAAUGAGGAUCCAAAGAAAGGCGAAGCGGAAAAGAAAGAUAAAGCAAGAAACGUCGUAGACGCUGCAAAUAUCGUUGUACGAGUUCUGAAAGAAGAUAAGCCGAAAGAAACAUUCAAAAUGCCGCUCCAGGCGCUAAAACUCAAAAACUGUCACCCGCUAUCUCUGACGGAACCAGUCAAUAUGAUCUAUGACACAUGCAAGAGCAAAUCCAAGAUUUUGAGUGGGUUUUUUUUUCUAAUGCAUUUUCCAUCAGCUCAUAGUUGAAAUUUUUAUUAUCUUUUCUGAUUCAGCUCAUUACCUCACGCUGAUUCCAAAUAUGAGUGUGAAAAACACGCUUCAAAAAGCAAUUUUAGAAGAAAUGGGUAUUUCAGGAGAUACUUUCUCAGUAAUGAUGAUGGUGACCGACAAGCUACAGCGUUAUUACCAUAUUCAUGGAAGAGGUUUAGAGAAAGCAGAAAAGAAAGAAUAUAAGUUAUUUAAUUUUGUUUCAGCCCUGGCGCUUUUGAAUAAAAACGCGAACAUGAUGGAGAUCAAACUCAUCGAGAAAGUGAGGACCUUCGCUGCUCAUGAUAAGAACCUUUCGUCUUAUCCCGUCUUUUCGUACGGCGCGUCGAUGACGGAACAGGAUCCCACAUGGAAUAUGGCUUUCAAGCAAGCUGUUGGUGAGUUUUCACAGGGACCGAAAAAGAUAUUCUAUUGUUACAGUACUGGCCGUAAAGGUAUUUCAAAGUGGUUAUUUGAGCAUAACUUCUCUGGAAGUGGCUCAAAUGACUUGAAACUUAGCACAAUUUCAAACAGCUAUACAGUUAUUUAUUUUCAGAGAUAGAACUGAUUUGCUUGAGUCAGACCAGAUUUGUGAUCAAAAAAACCAAAAAAAUCGUGAAUUUUUGAAAGAACACUCAUUUUUAAGUGAAAAAAAUUUUUUUCUGUUGAGAUUCGAAAAAAAUCAUAUUUUCGUCAUCCAAAUGGACUAUACGAGGUCUAUUUUGUUUGAGAACAACCCGAUUCAUGUUGAAAAACUUCAAAACACCCUCAAGAAUAGUUUUACAUUGUUUUCCCCAACUUUCUCACUUUAUCCGCUUCCCAGAAUUUACUAACUUCACUAGGACCGAUUUCGAACCUCUGAUUUGUUUAGACUGGUUUUUUAAAUCACAACAGUCACGUUAACAGAUAGCUGAUGAUGACAGUAGAAAAAUCGUUUGCUGAUUGAAUUCAAAUUCAUAAAGUUAUACACCAAGAAACUUUCAAAUGCAAAAAGAAAGAGGCUUAAUAGUUUGUAAACGACCUAAUAGCAUAGGCAAAGUCGGAAGGACCCUCCGAGGGUCCAUAAAGGACCAUAGAAAUGUUCCUUUUAGGGUGUUGAAGGCUCUCUUUUUGCUGCCUUUUUGCUCCAUUUUCUCAGCCCUUAUGCACCAUUUUUGCUGCCUCUCCCUUUCUCCACCAUUUCUCGAGCCUUAAAAAUCCCAGAAAAAGGGAAGGCUCGUUAAAGGGAGUCUUUUUGCUGCCUUUCGCCGCCUUUUUGCUGCCGUUCGCUGCCUUUUUGCUGCCUUUCUGCGGCCUUUUUUGAGCCUCUCCCUUUUAGCAGCCAUUAUCCACCAUUCCGACUUUGCCCGAGUAGAUAGAAAAAAAACCGUUUUUUUUUAUUGGUGGUGUUUAGUUAAUGCUCUUCCUCGAAGACAAAGAAAAACAAAAAUAAAUUUCAUGAAAUUAUGCGUUUUUUUUUGUUCAUCAGCACUUUUUCAGAGAAAGGGGUCUGCUAAAUUUAAGGAUAAAUGGAGAAGAAAAUUUUUUUCGGAAUUUAUUUUCAAAAGGGCAGAAAAAAAAAGGGAUUUUCAACACUUUGAACGGUAUUUUUUUGAACCAUUCUCAAAAUUUCAUCAACUUUUCGAAGGAAAAAUUGGCAAAAAUAAAUUUCGCCAACAAGGGAUUGAACCUGCAUCAUACAGCACUGGCCAUAAAGGUAUUUCAAAGUGGUUGUUUGAGCAUAACUUCUCUGAAAGUGGCUCAAAUGACUUGAAACUUUGCACAGAUUUCAAAUAGCUACGCAGUAAAUUGAAAUGCGGACACAACUUUUUGAGCCAUUUCCUCCUACUGUAGCCGGGUUACGGUAGGCAGGUGAGCACCUGCGUAUCUAAGUAUUGAAGAGUUUUUACUAGGCAAGUGGUAUAUCAAUCGAUAGGUAAUCCAAUUUCAGAAACUUUUACAGUACAUACCAUGCCGGGUUACUGUAGCAAUUUUCGAGUUACGGUGACUUUUGUGUUUGGAAAGUCGGUUUUUCGGUCACCCUGGCCGUCGGCAUAGAAUCGCAUCGUGAUUGCUUCUAUGGAAUAUGCCCUUCAGUAUGCUUUACACGAUGCCACAAAAAAAAGUUAGAAUUUCUAAACCUAACAUCUCGAGAUUUCACUCCGAACGCGCGCAACUUGGCACUUGGCGGCCAGGGUUGGUCGGGGUUGACGAUUUUUCACAUUUUUCUUUUGUUAGAUAUUGGUGUGAAAACUUUUUAGAAUGUUACUACAGUGUGUUGUGUAUUAUUUAAAAGGAUUUGGAGUGACUUUUAUGCUACAUUUUUAGCCGAAAUUUCGCUUUGAACUCAAUUUUUGCUUGGAAAAGCGCGAUUCCCUUCGGAAAGUCGAAUUUUUUUCUCUUUCCAACUGUCCCGCUGUUUUCAAAGCUAUCAAAUAAGAAACAAGCACCUUUAAAGUAAUAAUUAAUGAGACAUUGCUUGACUUCCACUGAACCUGUCCUGCCGAAACUUCCUUCUGAACUUACUAUUGGCUUGAAAAAGCAACAUUUGCCCUGAAAAAACAGAUUUUUAAAAAUUUCCAACUGUACCGCAGUUUCCAAAGCAUUUUUUGAACUUUGUUGCUUCGUUCUUAUCCGAAAAUCGCAAGAAGUAACGUUUUUAUGAAAAUAAAAACCGUGCAGAAAAGCGAUCUACGAAAAUUUCGCCAUCGUGUGCAGAAAAUUGAGGCACUGUUGCGCUCCACCAAUAACACUCGCCAGAGGCAGAAUUUCAAUUCUUUUUUUGAAUAUAUUCAAUACUUAUUAUUUUUUUCUACUGUUGUUUCCGGUUCUAAUUCUGUUUUGUGCUUGCUGUUUCUGAAGUGGUUUGAGCAUUUUUUUACGGAACAAUGAAAAAAAUAAAUUCAUGAAAAAAACUUUUCGUUAGUUAAAUAGCCGAAAAAAAUCCUAAUUCAAGGAUUAAAGAAGGAAACAUUUUUUUCGAAAAAAAUUGAUCUCUCAAUGAAAACAACUAUCUUUGCAAUCAUUCAAUUUGAAAAAAAUAAAAAGUAAAAAAAUCUCAAAAAAACCUUUGCUACAGGCUACAAAAAAAUCAAACUUCAAACCCACCAACGAAGCCAAAAAAAGGGUUCGGAGGGAGUUUUUGGCUAGAUAGGUUCGGUGAAAGUUGAGAAAAGUCUUAUUCUAUUGUUGUUAUUUUAGGAAACUUUUAUGAUGCAUCUAUUAAAAUAUCUUUUUUUCUUGAUAAGUUUUUUUGUUUUGGAGAGCAUUUUUUUGCUCAUAUUUAUGGAAUUAGAGCUAUCUACGCUUCCUGUUAAAAAUAAUCAUCAUCUCAAACUCGAGAGCUUAAAAUUGCCGGCGAUUACCAAAAAAAUAAAUUUUCCGGCAAGUGCCGGCAUUGUCGAUUGCCGAAAAAAGCGAUUGCCGCACAGCCCUGGUGUAGACGAAAGUUCGAAAAAUUAAAGAGUUGACAUAGGAAACGUUUUUUUCUUUCUCAAAAUAUCAUAAUACGAUUUUUCUUCCCGUUUGGAACGCAUUUUUCAGCCUUUUUUCAGCCUACGAUGAGCUCAAAAGGUUGCGCUUUUCUGCCCUUCCGAAGGAGAAACGACUUUUGGAGAUGUUGGAGACCGAACAAGCCCAUCGGUCAAAUAUCUUGCACGCCGAAGGGCUCAACUAUUUCUACUGGUUCAAGAGUUCGUUUCGCCCCUUUCUUGUCUUUUUUUCGGCAAUAGUGAGAAUUCCGAGAGAAACAAGAACAACUACUAAAGUCGCAUUACUGGAAUCCGAAAAAUUUUCCAAAAAAGGGAGAAUCGAAAUUGGUUACGAAAAGUUUUAAAAAAAAAACUAUUUAAAUUGCGGCUUGAAAAAUCUGAUAUUUGGAAAAAAAAAACUUGAUUGAAAAUUUCAAUUACCGUAGCACAUAUCGAAGUAGAGAUAGACGAUACGGGCAAAUUCCAAAGGGCCUCAAAAAGAAGAAUCUAAAGCUCCUUUUUGAGUUCCUAAAAAGGUGUCGAACAAGGGAAGACGAAGUGUGCGCGGUGAACAUCGAGUUAUGAAUUGAGGCUUUUAUGGUAGAUAGACCUAGGGGAGAGUGCUCCAAAACGAAAGACAAAAUCUGCUAAGCACCAUAGGGUACCGAGAAAAAGCUCGUCAAACUUUUGCCGCCACGUAUAUCCCUACACUCGAGUGCUCAGCCAGUAACUGAGAGCGUGGUGAAGUGGUAGUGUUCUUGAAUGGCGCUGACGCCAUGCUAGUUCGAUUCCUUUUGACGUAAAACUUUUUUUGCUCUUUUGGAAUUGGACAAAAUUGAAAAAAAAACUAACUAGGGAACUACUCGGACUCGGGUACGCGUUUCGAUUUGAAACUUUAAUGGUUUAUAGACCCAAGUCAGAAUACUUGAAAACAAGAGAGAAUAUCUGCUAAACCCGAUAGAGAACUGAGAAGAAAUUAGUAGAAAAUGUGAAAAUCAGGCCUGUAAAUUUUCAGAAUACGGCUUUUUACCUUAUUUUUCAUUUUAAUAAAUUCGCCUUGGAUGAUCCGACUAUGAUAAACCCUAAAAAAUUGAAGAAGGAGGAAAGCAAAAAUUUGAUAAUUUUCAAAAAGCUUUUUCUCAGAAGCCCAUGGGGUUUAGCAGAUAAUCUCUCUUGUUUCCAAGUUCUCUUACCCGGGUCUAUAAGCCACCAAAGUUUCAACUCAAAACGCGUAUUCGAGUCCGAGUAGUUCCCUAGUAAGGAGAAAGCAAAAAAGUUUUUUUUGUGUCUUAUUCAGUUUUUCCAUUGAAAAUAUCGGGAAAAAGUUCUGAUAAUUGGUUCAUGGCUUUCGAGAUCACAACACAAUGAAAUCAAAGCAAAAAUAUAAGUGAAAAGUCUCUCAUAGUUCUGUGAAAAAAAGAAAGGAAGUAUGAGUACGAGCACGAAGAGCACAGGGAGUCCUGUCAAUGUAAUUUCGCAUUCUCCAUGAAAUUUCAGAAAUUUCGGUGAGCAAUAGAACAAAACUGCUGGUAUGAGAGGGGUUCGAAAACGGGAGAAUAGAGGAGUCGGUGGAAUUUUUGCGAUGAAAAAUUUCCAAACAGUAAAAAGAAAAAUAACCUAGAAAAUGGUUGAAUGAGGCCAGAGGAGCCAAGUGUGAUAUCAUUCACAAAUAUAAAUUUUUUUACAGGAGUUAACAAACCUUUUAUUGUAUUAUAUCGUGCUGUCAUCUCGAGAAGCCGCCCAAGCAACAAUUAUUUGAACAAUUUUUUUAGAAGUUUUUCGAUAGAAGAACUAAAUAUGACGCAAAAAAAGUUUCUGUUUUGGGCUUUCUCCUUCCUUUUUUUCCAAUUUUCAAUCAUCUCCUUCAAUUCGAAUGUUUUUUUGAUUUUUUUGUUUGAUAAUAGAGUGUAGAAAAAUUGAAUGAACAAGAUCAUUAGCAAAAAAAUUAUUAACAAAAAAAUUAUUAGCAAAAAAAUUAUUAGCAAAAAAAGUUUCACGUCAAAAGGGGUGGUAUGAAAAAAAGACCAGCGGAAAUUCAAACGACGACUUUUCCGAUUUUUUCAUAUCGCUAGGGAACUUUCCGACGGCCACCUUUCCGACGAAACUUUUUCCGACUUUUUUUCUCGAUUAACUCUUCGUUUUACAUAUUCCUAUAUAAAGUAGGUAGUUUGUUCAUAAUUAAAAACACAAAGAAAUAGGAAAAAAAUGUUAAUAGAUGUUUUAUAAACCGAAAAGCAUAAGGGAAAAAAAGUCGGAAAGGGAUCCGUCGGAAAAGUGGCCGUCGGAAAGCUCCCUAGCGAAAUGAAAAAAAUCGGAAAAAGUCGCCGUUUGAGUUUUUCGCUGGUGUUUUUUUCAUACCUCCUCAAAAGGAAUCGAACCUAGCAAAGCGUCAGCGCCAUUCCAGAACACAGCCACUUUACCACGCUCCCAGUUGCUGGCUGAGCACUCCGAGCGCGGGCAUUUCAGUUCAAUCAUUUUAUUUUCGCAACAUCGGGAUGGUAUGGUGAUGUUUCAGGGAGGGAAAAAGACCACUAGGUGGGUUAACUAACCCCACCUGUGAAGAAAAAAGUUUUUUGUGUGAGAAAAGAAACAUUUAAAGGCAUAGGGGCAGUAAAAAACGGGAUUUGAAAGCAGUAUAUAGUUUUUCUUCUUAUAUAGUUUUUCUUUGCGAAUCGAAGGGAGUACUCAGAAAAAUUAUUGAUGUGACAACUUCAGAAGAAAAACGCGAUUUUACUUUCCCGCCUUUAAUUUUGAAAAAUGCUUUGGAUCGGUAUGCAGACAACUGUUUACAGUAGCCGUGAACGCCAUGUUGCGGACGUGUCAAUAGACUCCCAUUUUGUUAGAAAUAACCGGGUAUCUUCUUUAGAUUAAGGGUUUCUUCUCUGAUAAAUCGAUUAAGAAAACAGAAAACACACAUAGAUAAUAAAGAAAACACAAAUAAUCGCAAUCCCAAUCGAAAUCUUUGUAAAAUCUUCAUUUUUCACCAGAGAAGCUUUUUUGCAAUCAAAGUUUGCUAAUUAUACAUGAAUAGAAAGCUUUUGUGACGAAAAGAACUUUGGUGACAACAAAAAAAAUUGAAAUUUGAAAGAAACGAAGAAAAAAGCGAAAAUCCGGAAGUUUAGAGCAACUUUACUGCAAAGUGCCCUUUUUGGCGGGAACUCAAACUUUCGUCUCUCCGACUUUGAAUUAUUUUUUCUCCAAAACUAGGAAGUUCGGUACAUUUCCAAGUUCACCGUUCGAUUCGCAAUGAAAAACUCUACAAAGUACUGCUUUUAACUGAAACACCGUUUUUUACUGCCCCUAUGCCUUUAACAAUAACUGUUUUUUUCCAGCUUUCAUACCACUUCAAGAAACCAUCCUGCCGGGCGAGGAUCUCGGCGAAGCUGUCCUCAGAAUUUUCGGUAAGGAUUCAUUUGAACGAGGUGCAAAAAAAGAAAAAGAAAAACAGCCAUAUUGAUGGUUGAAAUUCUCUUUCUUUUUUUGUUCUCAUACUUUGAUGUGUUUUGAGUUUGGUUGAGUACAACAUUUUUUCAGAUAAAGAGGACCGUGAGAACGCAAUGAUAGCUGAAAUGACUGAAGCUUUCUACAGGCUGCACCCUGAUCAAAGGCCGAAAGAAACGGAAGCUAAAAACCCUCCGAAAGAAGACAAGAAUUCGAAGGAGAAGAAGUCGAAGGAAAAUAACCCGAAGAAGGCUUAA